UCUUUCAAACAGAGAUCUCUUACUUUUUAUGCCAUUUAUUGCCUUCUGAAUCACUUGAAAGGCCAUUUCAUCUUCUUCCCAUCGCAAAGACAUGACUUAUGCAGCAGAGAAAAGCUUUGUAAAAAAAGGAGACUGUCAGAGAGAUGUCACUGUUCACUGGCUGCGUGACUCAGGAAAAGCUGCAGUCAGCUAGUCGGCGAGCUUUUCUGGUGAAACCAUGCAAAACAUCAACACGGUUCAGUACGGAACAUCUGAUUGCUGAGUCGUGUCCUCUAAAUUACUUGAAAUAUUUAAUUCUCCCGUUAAACCAGUGGAAUGUGUCUUCACCAUAUAUCACAUUUUCCAUAGAGUGCGCUUUAAAGCCAAUUCCACUUUGAAGAUUUUAGAAAUGUGUUCUUACAGACAUAACAGACCGUGUCUUUACUGCAGUAACAUUUCUUGGGGAUAAUUUGCAAGGGGGAAAAAAUAGGAUGGUGCAAGCUGCAACACAUCCACAGGCUUGCAAUUGAAUUAGCCCCCAGAUUGGAGGCAUGCUCUUUCGGUUACAUGUUUUUCUGAGGAAGGUAUUUAAAGUUGCCAACCUGGCCAGGGAGUGGUGUUGCGAUGCUGUCCAAGCAGGGGAGCCGAAGCUCCCUGAGAGCGAGCCUGAAGGUCCUCUUCCCCUCCAAGUCCCAGACGUCUCUGUGCCUGGACAAUGGAGAUGUCCAAAACUCCACGACUGACCACGAAAAGGCCGUGCAAACAGACCCCGAUCUGAGUGGCAUCUGGACAAACGACAUUGAGGUGACCAAACGGAAGGAUACGCGCACGAGUGAAGAUGGCGUGUCGAUCACUAGCAGGGACGCCUUUUCGAGGAACGAAAGCAGGGAUGCAGAUCUGUCGCUGUACAGCCGCAGCAGGGAUACAUCCUUCAUAGACGAGAGCAAGGAUGCAGGCCUCAACCAGUCAGGUUAUCCUGAUACGAUGGACGAGGGCAAGUUGGCAAAAGACUGCAAAUCAGAGGCCGAUACGUUAUCAGUGACUGGGACGAUUGACAGCAGAAUCGACGAUCUCUCACCAGUCAAGGCCAAGCCAUGCUGUGAAUGCUCUGGACCUUUGGGAAUGGAGGGAGGCAUCAUCUCAAACCAGCAGAUAACCGCUUCAUCUACCCAACGAGCCGUGCUUGGCAUGCAGAAGUGGUACCCUUACUUUGCCCGCCUCAACAGGAAGGGCCUAGUCAACGCCUGGACUGCUGCUGAGAACGACCGCUGGCCGUGGAUUCAGGUCAAUCUGCUGCGGAGGAUGAGGAUCACAGGUGUGAUAACACAAGGGGCCAAGAGGAUGGGCAAGCCGGAGUAUGUCAAGUCCUACAGAGUGGCUUUCAGUCAGGAUGGAGAGAGGUGGAGCAUGUAUAUUGACAGGGGAACGCGUCAGGACAUGGAAUUCUUAGGAAACGUGGAUAAUAACACCCCUUCCGCCAACUCCUUCACACCACCAAUUGAAGCACAAUUUAUCCGCAUUUACCCACAAGUCUGCAGAGGACAUUGCACCCUUCGCAUAGAGCUGCUGGGCUGCGAACUCACAGGAUGUUCUGAGCCAAUGGGGAUGAAGACAGGACACAUCCAAGAUUUCCAGAUCAGCUCGUCCAGUAGCUUUCAGACGCUGAACAUGGACGCGUUCUCCUGGGCCCCAGGAAAGGCCCGCUUGGACAAACCGGGCAAGGUUAACGCCUGGGCAUCUGCAGCCAAUGACCAGUCACAAUGGCUACAAGUGGACAUGCUGCUCCCCACCAAAGUGACCGGCAUCAUCACCCAAGGUUCCAAGUAUUUUGGCCAUGUGCAGUUUGUUGGCUCCUACAAGUUGGCUUUCAGCAGUGAUGGUGAGAAAUGGAUAGUAUACCAGGAUGAGUCGCAACAAAAGGACAAGAUUUUCCAAGGUAACUUUGACAAUGAAACACACAGAAAGAAUGCGAUAGACCCGCCCAUCUAUGCCAGGUUCAUCAGGAUUAUUCCGUGGUCAUGGUACGGUCGAAUUGCACUACGGACGGAACUGCUUGGUUGCACAGAGGAAGAAGAGUAGUGAGCUGCUGUCAUUCUUCACCUAGAGACUGUGAAAAAAACCCUUGUACACAUGGUUCUUCUGUGGUUGUCUGUUCAGACAUUAUAUUCAAAUGUGAUGUCUUGUUUGUUCCUUUCUUAUGUAAUGUAAUUAGAGCGUAUGCUCCAGGUUUUCUAUGGAUGUUUUGAAAGUCUUUGAUGGUGUGAGACUGUUGAGUGAUUUGUCUUUUACUGAUACAAUCACUGUUGUGUUCACAAGGAUGUCAUUUCCUUGUGAGGUCUUUUUGUCUCUUGUUGUCAACUAAUUCAUUGUUAAAGGAAAGCAUUGUCAGGCAGUGAUGGUGUGACACCAUGCUACUGUGUCAUAGAUUAAUCAAUGGAAAUACUACACUUAAGUUUGAAAACAUGCAUUUCAGUAUAUCAUUAGUUAUCAGUAUUUUGUAUACUGUUUUUGGAGCUUAUAGGUUAAUUGGUUAAAAGAAAUCAGUAUUUUGUUUUAAUAUGCAAUCUUGAAAAAUAAACUGUAUAUUUGCAAUGCUGCAUUGAGUUGAUUGACUGAAGUAAGAAGACUGAAAAUGUAACAUGUUCCUAACUGCAUUGCAAAUCAUAAUGCCAAACAGAGGAAGGGAUGUAUUUCUCCCAUCUCAGCUGGAUCAAAUUAUCCAAAUGUGUGUGUAAUGAUGCCACUGUUGAGGUCUUGAUCUGUAAAUGUGGGUGUAAUGAUGCCACUGUUGAGGUCUUGAUGUGUCUCUUGACUGUUGAGGUCUUGAAAUGUCCUACUGGCUUUUUCUUUUUUUUUUUGCAUCAUUAUUUUCACUCAAUUUCUAUAACUCAGGUCAAUCAAUAGUUAACCGAUUUCAUCUCUUUUGUGGGUGUUUUACAUAUUGACCAGUAGAUAAAUCAAUAUAUAUUUGCUUUUUUGAUGUAUUCCGUUGCUCUUUUUCAAAAGAUGAAUCUUAUUGAUAGAUUCAAUGUAUUUUAUUAUCAAUAUCAACAGUAUAGUGUACUGAAUCUACUGAUACAUGUUUUAAUUCUAAAUUCAAUCAAACAUGUUAUAAGUUCCUUGCUUGGCAAUACAAGCAUUGUAAAAUCUGCUCAGAUAUAUGUUUCUGCUGCCUUGUAGCUUCAUUGUCAUGUGCAUUUGAUGUUUGUUUUUUUGUCUAUUGGAACCUGGGUUCAGUGAUAAAUGGGGUAUCCUGGGGAGCUCAAUACCUUAAGAACUGGGGCUCAAAAGCCAUACAACCUAAAACUAUAGUUUUAAGGAACCUGAUCUGUGGUGGCAAUGUACUGCAUGGUCUAAGGUCUGUCUUUUGGGUGCAGAAUAUUAUCUAAUAAUUUUUCACCACAUUGAGGUAUCUCUGACUUAAAGCUGUCAACUUUUUUUUCCUUCUAAAUCUCAUUAGAACAUAUUUAGCUACAUUUUAAAUGGAUUAGUUGGGAACUGGAUGAAGACUUGCUUAGCAGAUAACUCCCAGAGGAAGCUGUUUGUUUUUUGUAAGUUUUCUUGUCUUUUGAUACCAGAAUCUGCAGUAUCUAUAUGAGAUAAUUUGUGUCAAUCAGAAGAAAUUGAAGCUGGAUUGGACACUCUGACGAGUAUCUUACACUUAAACAUUUAUUACCGCAGUAGUAAAUUCCAUUUCCUAAGCAAAUAAAUUACUGUGAAAAUGUUUUCCUCUGUUGUCUCUUAUGUAAAGUACAAAAUUUAAGCUUAGAACAGCUGAAAAUUAAAAGCAAUUCAUCUAAGGUCA